AUGCUCCGAGCUUGCCAGCCCCUAUGGCGCGCCCUCUUCUCCGCUAUCGACUUCAAUGGUGACAACAUCAUCGAUUUCGAGGAGUUCUUGACAUUCGUCACACAGUUGAAACGAGGAGGAAUGGAGGCAAAGCGACGGCUUUGUUUCAGACUCUUCGAUUCGAACCAGGAUGGUUACGCAGAGAAGGGGGAUUUCCGCGGCAUCUUGGAAACAAAGAUCGCAGCCCUGAGGCUUGGGAAGGUUCAACCGUGUAGGUUUGGGAUUCAGCCCUGA